AUGUGCAAUUGCAGCUCUAGCGGUAAAAUACGUAAUAUACUUACUACAAUUCUCAAACAUCGAUAUUUCCCACGAUCGAUUUUUAAACGAAAAGGAAGCAGGUCUGUAAAGAAGGUGUUAUCCAGAAAAAUCAUUCAGGAAGAAGUAUUAUCUAGAAAUUCUCAGUUAUCAUUUCAUGUGAAACGUGCGACUAUAGCGCCAACGGAGAAGUACGCAAUACACAUCCUUCACGAUUCUCGAACAUAUCGAUAUUUCUCACGAUCGAUUUUUCAACAGGAAGAUGGCGGAAGGAAGCACACCUCGUCUGUAAAAAAGAAAGCGUUAUCACCUAGAAAGAAAUUAUUCAGAUAUUCUCAAGUAAAAACUUCAAUUAAUAGUUGUUAGAUUUGUGUUUGUGUUUUGUAUUUUUAAAAUAAAACGUGAUUUUUUGGCUUUAACUCAAGGUAAAAUUUAACCAAAUAAUUGUCACAUAUAAUUUUCAACAAUUAAAGAAAUAACAGCAUAUAAACA